CAUUCUGGGAUGUAGCAUGAAACACAAUGGCGGCGAAACUGAAUUGUUUGCAACUUUUUGUGYUCUAUUAUUCGCUUAUAGCAAUAUUGCUACAAAUUAGUCUAACGUGUGCUACAGAGUUAACGUGGGACGAAAAUGGUUACAUUUUAUAUUGUCCUUGCAUGGGUCGAUUUGGAAACCAAGCCGACCACUUUCUGGGUUCUUUGGCAUUCGCCAAAAUCCUGAAUCGCACAUUGGCAGUUCCCCCCUUCAUAGUGUACCGGCACCACGCGCCACCAUACUCAAAUGUACAUGUCCCCUACAGUGAGUUCUUCCAGCUGGAAGCCCUGACCCACUACCACCGUGUGGUAAGCCUGGAGGACUUCAUGGAGCAGCUUGCACCAACACACUGGCCUAAGGGAAAGAGGGCAGCCUACUGCUUUGAGUCAGCUGCCCAGAGGAGCGUGGACAAGAAGUCCUGCCCCAUGAAGGACGGGAAUCCUUUUGGUCCAUUUUGGGACCACGUAGGAGUGGAGUUUGACAGGUCUGUCCUGUUUGACGGCUUGUCCUUCAGUUCCUACCACCAACCUCAUUGGCUCAACAAGUUCCCUCCGUCAGAGCACCCUGUCCUGGCSCUGCCUGGUGCCCCGGCCCAGUUCCCUGUCAUAGAGGAAUAUGUGGGUCUACAGCGGUAUGUAGUUUGGACGGAGAGGAUGGUGCAGGAGGGACAGGAACACAUCGCUGCUCUGCUGCCCAGGCCAUACGUGGCCAUACAUUUGAGGAUCGGCUCUGAUUGGGUUAAUGCCUGUAAGCUGCUCCAGAGUGGGGAUACUGGGCCUCACUUCAUGGCCUCUCCUCAGUGUGUGGGUUAUAACCGUCACACCGCUCUGCCCCUCACCAUGACCAUGUGCCUCCCUGACCUGGCUGAGAUCCGCCGGGCCCUCAAGCUCUGGGUCAAGAAAACCUCUGCCCGCUCUGUUUACAUCGCCACAGACUCAGAGUCCCACCUCCUGGAGAUCCAAAACCUCUUCAAGGAUAAGGUGAAGGUGGUGAGCCUCAGGCCGGACUCUGCCCAGUUGGACCUGUACAUCCUAAGCCAAGCUGACCACUUCGUUGGGAAUUGUGUGUCCUCGUUCUCUGCUUUUGUCAAACGAGACCGGGAUGUCCAUUCCCGUCCGUCGUCUUUCUUCGGAAUGGACUACGCUGGAAAAAUGGACAAGAAACAGGAGCUGUGAAGAUUUUCCGUUUCUGCGUAGUCCAUUCUGAAGAAAGAUGACAAAUGGCUUUUGAAUCUUGGGUGAGGACUUGGACAUUGCAUUGUGGGAAUGUGAUCGACUCCAUCCUCAUAUCACACAGUGAUGUAGUAAUACUUUUUUUUAGGGGGGGGGGGGCUCAGAUCACCGUUCACUGUGAAUAAAGUAACGCUUUCAAUGCAUGUUUCCUGCAAAAGGUAGGUAAAAAUAAAAAAAGUUGCGUAAAC